CAACAACGAGGUUCACAUGGAACUCAAGAGGUUGACGGUGCUGGUGGAAGAGGCGGAAGCAGUGCUGGCGCGUCUCCGGCAAAGUCUAGAUGAAGAGCAUGAUGCAGGGAUCACAUCAACAGAGCAGGAUGAGAGACAUAUCCAGAGCAUGGCGUUGUUACAACAGUUGACGGCGUCCCAACCCGACUUGGACGAGAAGAUCCAAAAGUUCGUCGACAAGCUGGCUUGGCGGGACCCGAUCACAAACGACCCUCGAUAUGGCCCUGCGAUGCAGGAGAAGAUUCUAGCAGUGGCAGGACGGAUUUCGGCAGUGAAGGAGGCCGCGGCGGCCGCCACCGACAUCAUCGAGCCCAAAGCGUCCGUGGCAUUACAAAACCAGCAGCUACGCAAGCAAGCCCAAGACGACUUGGAUGCCGAAUGCUUAAAGAAGGAGCAGGAACGAGCUUGCAUCGAAGCACAACAGGUCAUAGCCGCCCAAGAAUUGCUGCAGAAGCAGCUCAAGGAAGCGGAGAUUGCAGCGCAGAUCGAACGAGAGGCUCUUGCCAAGGCGGCACAAGCUGUUCGGGACGAGCGCGCCCGUGUGCAAGCGGAGAAGGAGCGGCAGGACGCCGAGGCCCAACGGCAGCAGGACGAGCUGAACCAGAGCAUUCCCGUCGGGCUGGCCGGCUUAGAGGUGGCACUAGGACUCCUCGGUCGCCAUUUCCAGAGCGACGCAGCUACGUUCCGCGCAGCCAAGCGCACUCUGCUCGUCCUCCUCAAGAACAUUUGCGCCGCGCCAGACAACGCAACCUUCCGACACAUCAACGCCGCCAACGAGCAUUUUCACCGCGAGUUGGGGCAGUUCCCAGGCGGACUUCAGUGCUUGCUAGCGCUGGGCUUCCGUCCGUUGCGGCAAGGCAGCACGUCGGACGACGGUGCACCUGCACCAGUUAUUUACGUGUUGGAGGUACGAACUGUGCAGUGAAUUGGUCACUAAAGCCAGGGAAACAUUGUAUACGUGGUGUGUAUGCCUGGAGUGCUUGUGUUGGUAGGAACCCGACUUGGCACAGGAUUUAGACGCGUGGAGCUGCUGGUUUGACACUCUGAAGCUAAUGCGAGACUACGUCGAGACAGCUGCAACUUUGGGCUGACCUUCUUCUUCGUCUGUGAUGCCGUUAAACCAGUAGGCACCGUAGUUUGCUAAGUGCAAAUCAAGCUCGUGUAUACAGUGUGCGAUACGGUCUAGAAUUGCC